CUGUUCUAAGGGUUGGGCUACGGCAAAAUCUACCCCUUUAGAAUAAGUAUUUUAUUGUUUGUUUGGUGGUCUGGAGACUUCUCCCGGAAAAAGAGCAGGAUCACGCACAUAUUAAGCUAUUCACGCGGGGGAAUUUUCCUGAAGUUGCUUAAUCCCCCAAACACUUCUGAAUUUCCACCGCACAUCUAACACUGUCGAUUUUGACGGCUUGGGUUUGUUUAUGUCGCGUUGCGGGGAUCUGCGUUACAGAGAGACCUCUGACUUUGAAGGGAUUCACUCAUGUCUGGAUAUUAACUUCCCUUGUUAAUUUGAAAACUGUCUGUGAGGAAGACAGUGAAUGUUAUUUUGUUGGUGUUUUAAAAAAAACAUUUUGUAGCCGAUUUACAGCAGAAGCGUCACCAUGUUGAGUAACGCUGGAGUCUAUGCUGUCAAAAAGCGGAAGAAGCCGGUUCAGAAAACCAAGAAAACCCCUGCUCCAGAUGUGGUCAAGUCUAACCCUUCCAAACGCCACCGGGAUCGGCUGAACGGGGAGCUGGACAGGCUGACGGGCCUCCUACCAUUCCCUGAGGAUGUGCGCUCUCGCCUGGACAAACUCUCCGUGCUCCGCCUCAGCGUCGGGUACCUGAAGGUCAAGAGCUUCUUCAAAGCAACCAUGAAGAAAAGCAGUGACCUGUUUCCCAGUGGGAAUGGGCUGAACAUUAAUGGGAUGGAAGCCACAACCUUCUCCAAGGGGGACCUACUACUAAAGGCUCUGAACGGCUUUGUGCUGGUGGUCACAGCUGAAGGACAUGUGUUCUAUGCCUCUCCUACUAUCCAAGACUACCUGGGCUUCCAUCAGUCAGAUGUGGUCCACCAGAGUGUGUUUGAGCUGAUCCACACAGACGACAGAGCAAUGUUCAGACGACAGCUUCACUUCGCCCUCAACCCCAAGCCCUUUGACCCAGAGCAGGGAGGAGACGGCAUGGCAAGCAGCAGUGACAUCACCAGGAACAUUGUGACCUACAACCCUGAGCAGCUCCCCCCAGAGAACUCCUCCUUCCUGGAGAGGAACUUUGUGUGUCGCUUCCGCUGCCUCCUGGACAACUCCUCUGGCUUCCUGGCUCUGAACUUCCAGGGGCGUCUGAAGUUCCUCCAUGCCCAGAGCAUGCAGGGGGAAGACGGGACACGCAGCCAGCCCAACCUGGGCCUGUUCACCAUCGCCACCCCUGUCCAGACCCCGUCCAUUUUGGAGAUCAGAUCCAAGACAAUUUUCUUCCAGACCAAACACAAGCUCGACUUCACCCCCAUGGGUGUUGAUGCCAGGGGGAAGGUUGUCCUGGGCUACUCAGAGAUGGAGUUGUGUAUGAGAGGCUCUGGAUAUCAGUUCAUCCACGCUGCUGAUAUGAUGUACUGCGCAGACAACCAUGUCAGAAUGAUGAAGACAGGAGAGAGUGGUCUGACCACAUUCAGACUGCUUCAGAAGACCGGGUGCUGGGUCUGGGUCCAGGCCAAUGCCAGGCUCGUCUACAAAGGAGGAAGGCCUGACUUCAUCAUCGCACGCCAGAGAGCUUUACUGAAUUCCGAGGGAGAGGAGCAUCUACGCCAGAGGAAGAUGCAGCUGCCCUUCAGCUUCACCACCGGGGAGGCCCUGCUGUACGAGACCGGCCCCACUCUGGACGCCACUGAGUUCCAAACCAACUCCCCCAAAAUCCGCAAGGUAGAGUCUCUGGACCCCGAGUCUCUACUGGGCUCCUUACUGAAGCAGGACGAGUCCGUCUACACCCAGCCCCAGGAGCCUCAGCUACCCAUAGACCAGGCAUUCAUGGACAGCCGAACGCUCACCAACGUGGCCUGUAACUCAUGGCAGAGUAGCAUGGAGCCCCAGGGGCCCGAUGGGCAUGAUGAUGGUGAUGGCCCCAGUGAGGUGAAGCAAGAGGGGGCGGUGCUGGCCAUGAUCGACGCCCUGGAGAAGAUGGCGCGGGACGGGGACCUGUGUGCGGCGCUGCAGGGGCUAGACGUGGAUGCGGUCGAGCUGAUGGAGUGGGAGAGCGCCCUCCUCAGGCUGAGCCAGGACUCCAACGGGACCGGGGGCAGGGAUACCUCCCUGGAGCUGGAUGACAUCAUGACCAACGACAUCUUCUCUUACGUGGAGGAAGCCUUGUUCAAGGAGAGCAGCGAGGGGAGCGGUAACCAGCCCAACUGCUCCAUUAUGGUCAACAACAACCCUAACCUUAACCUGUUCACAGAGGUGUUUAACAACAACAACCAGGGUGGGCCAUUCACAGGAGUGGUCAGCCCUACAGGUGUCGGACAGUGCAAGCCCGGAUUGCAUGACAGCCGCAGCUUUAUCCAUAAUGGCUCCCUAUUGAAUGGUCUAAAUGUUCAGGUAACAGGCAACGGACCAGAUGGUUUGGCAGGACAGAACCAGGCAGGACCACACCAGGUGUUCAACAGCACCCAGAGGCUCUCCCACUUCGGCCCCCAGAUCCCUCAGAUGGACCUGAACAUCCCCACCCUGCAGCAGCUACAGCUCAACGACAUCUUCACCCCCUCUCUGGAGCUCCCCGAGCUCAGUAUCCCACACAGCUCAGGCCAGAAAGGGUCUGUCACGUUUGGCACCAGCAUGACUGGAUCCUGUGCUCAGGCACCAAACAACCACAUGGGAAGCCCUCAGGGUAUCACUGGCCAGGUCCACUCUAACCAGUCACCUACACAGUUUUUCACUCAUAAUGGCUUGCCAGCUACAAUGGCACCAAACGGACCACAGCAGAUCUCUGUUCCACAGUCCAACCAUUUAGCACCUAGUCUGGUGGAUGCCUGGGCAUCCAUGAUUCCCAGUAAUGGCUUUGUUUCACCCCAGAUUGAAUCUAGCAAUCUCAAUCUAUCUAAUCCCCUUCCGACUGCUUGCAUUCAGGGAAACACUGCACCAUUUCAGUCACUCAAAAUCCAGAGAGUGGGGUUGUGGCCCCAUAACCAGCAGCAGCAGCAGCUGCCACCCCCCGCCAGCACAAUGCAGAAUGGAUUAAUGCCGAAUGGACACAAAUUCAUCCUUGACUGUCACAGUCAAGCCAUAGAGACCCAAAGAGUCCCCCUCACAGGCCUUUGGCCACAGAACCCCAACGGACUGUAUCACCAACCCCAGCAGGGGGGACUGGCCAAUGGCCAGCCUGCUCCAUCCAGCAGCUGCAUGUUUGAGAACAUCUCACCCCCCCUCCCUAAUGGAAACAGCCACGUGAAUGGCAUCGGGCUGGACCCCACGUUGUCUGUAUGCCAGAGGAGGAAAGUGGACCCCCAGGACCGGAGUCCUCCACAGGGUUCCUGCUACUUCCAGUGGGGCCCCAGUGAGCCAGUGGUGGGUACGUCAGCCAUCAUCCAGGACAACACCAGCACCAGCCCCCCGUCUCGCCCGCUGGUGUGGCCAGUAGGGCCUCACCACCCCUGAGGCCCUACUGGCCAUGCAGCAGUACCUGGCUGGAUGCAACGGAGUCAGACAGACAGAGAUUCCAAGCCUCCCUGUUAUAGACAGCAAUGGAAUAUUCUCUUGACCACCCCUUGUAAAUGGAACCAUGUGCUUUACGGAGCACAACCAAACCAACUAUUGCAACUUCUAAACAUGCAUCACAUUGCCUUACGAGGUAAAAAUGUCAGACUGAGAGAGGAGGAAGCCACCCAUGCAUCUAUUCAUCCAUCCAUCAAACUGUAUUCGUUCAUAGACAACACUCUGCCUUAAGAGAUGUCUCAGUGAGGGUGUCGUGAAGACAAGCCAUCCCCUCAUCAUGUGUGGUCAAACACACCAUCCAUCUACCCAUAUCAGUGUUUGCAGUAAAUACAAGGACUCCUUUAAUUACCCCUUGUUACUUAUGUCAGCAACAGAACAAAAAGCAGCAACUUCAACUUUAACUGGUUUUCUUUGUAUUUUUGAGUUGUCUUCUGUUUUGUUUGUUGAUGCCUUGUCUUUGUUUUUAUUACUGUGUAAAAACAGUAUCUGUCACAACUUGUUUGUUUAAAUGCCUUCAAUGAUAUGAAUGAAGUAUGAAUCCUCACUAGUGCAUUUGGCUUGUGUUAAAAUGGAGUUUUGGCUUUUUAAGUUCAUGACCAAUUCCCAUAGUGAUAUUCUAAUGAAGCAGGCCGUAUUCAUUUCUUUUUACGUUUGUUUCUUGUGCACUUACAUUAUCGUUGGAUGGUGAUAGGACACCAUUCAAGUUUUCACUCAUGGGAAAACAAACAAAAAACUAAUAUUGUACACAAAAAUAAAGUCAUAACGUACUAAAUUUUUGUAUGGAGUGUAAAUACAGAAAUUUAAUCUAUAUUCUUAUAUAAAGAUUUUAUGUAAAACGA